AAUGAAGUUUGCAAGCUGCAUGAAAACCAGGGAGAAUGUGGAAAAUGAAUAUUCAUGUGGCUAAAAAGGAUUGAAUUCAGCUUGGAUUCUUUCUUGAUUCUUCCACAGCCUGCCCUGUAGAGACAUCAGCAAAUCACUUAACAACAACUUGUUUCUUCAUUUAUAAACCAGCAAUUUCUGUCUCCCAGAGAGGUGCAAGGUUAGCUGAGGCAAAGCUGAUAAAAUCUAGAUGGAAAAUGCUGCAGAAAGCUUCGUGUCACUGCACUGACUGAGCUUCCCCUGAGUGUGGUGAUGAGUUCUGUGAGUUCCAACUCUUCUACAAGGGCCCUUCAGGCAGAGCUGGGGUCAGGGGGACAGUGGGUGCCAAUGCUGCUGUAAUUCGGUGUCAAGACAUUCUGGAGCAGUUGGAAUGAUUGUGGAAUGGCUUUCCUCUUGCAGUGUACUCUAUUUUCCAUAAGCCAGUCUAGAUAACACUUUUCCAAGAAAUUCGUCUGGGUCAGAAGCAGUUCUGGGUGCUGUUCACAGGCUGUUAUGGUGAUCUGUGCUCUAAAUGACUGUUGUCCUCUGUAAAUGCUGCUCAGGAGGUGCCCUUGUAAACUGUUUGUGGAAAAACUGUUCAAGAAGCAGCUGUCUUUGUCCUUUUUCAGGAUUAAACUGACCUGUCACUAUAGAACAAAACCUCCCAGGGUUAGAUUGGUCAAUUAGCAGCCACUGAUUGCCUUCAGCAAGGGCACAGCUGACACAGUGAACUCUGGGAGCUGCUCAGCUGCUUGGAAGGAGGUUCAUCGAGCUUUGGUGACUUCUGUUUUCUCAGAAUUUCUCCCCAACUGUGGCAGCAGCACUGGCACCACCCUCAGCUGCUGCUGCCCCCACUCUGGGACUUCCCUUUGUGUGAGGUGUGACUGUUCCACAGGCAGGACAGCGCUGCUCACUGACACUUCUCACCGCUGACAUGUUGGAGGAAGAUAACGAUGAGAUCUGCUGGAAUAACCUGGAGAACUUCCGAGUGAAGCUGAUCUCCGUGAUCGACCCUUCCCGGAUAACCCCCUAUCUGCGGCAGUGCAAAGUGCUCAGCCCUGACGAUGAGGAGCAGGUCCUCAACGACCCCAGCCUGGUCAUGCGCAAACGGAAGGCAGGUGUUCUUCUGGACAUUCUUCAGCGAACAGGACACAAGGGCUUUGAGGCCUUUAUGGAGAGCCUUGAGCUUUAUUAUCCACAGCUGUAUAAGAAAAUAACUGGCAAGGAGCCCAGCAGGGUUUUCUCUAUGAUUAUAGACACCGCUGGGGAAUCGGGCCUGAGCCAGGUGCUGAUGAACGAGAUCAUGAAGCUGCAGAGCGCGGUGCAGGAGGAGCGGCGCAGGGCCCAGGAGCUCACGGUGUGGCUGCACAGCAAGGAGGACACCAUCAGGGAGAUGUGGGUGAGGGACAGCCUGCUCCGAAAGCACCAGGAGCGGGCCCAGAGGAUGAAGGAGGAGAGGGACAGCCUGAGCAGGGAGCUGAAGAAGUGCAAGGAUGAGAACUACAACCUGGCCAUGAGCUACGCCAAGCAGAGCGAGGAGAAGAGCACGGCCCUCAUGAAGAACAGGGACCUGAUCCUAGAGAUUGACCACUUGAAGCACAGCCUCAUGAAGGCUGAGGAUGACUGCAAGCUGGAGAGAAAGCACACCAUGAAGCUCAAACACGCCAUAGAGCAGCGCCCCAGCCAUGAGGUGGUGUGGGAGAUCCAGCAGGAGAAGGAGCUGCUCUUGGCCAAGAACCAGGAGCUCGAGAACACUCUCCAGCAGGUUGCCAGGGAACAGAAUUUGGAGAAGAGCCUCUCCAAGGAGACUCUGGAGAGUGACUGCAAGCAGAUUCUGGAUGAACGGCGGGAGCUGGUGGACACCAUUUACAGCCUGCGCAAGGAGCUGCGCCGAGCCAGGGCCCUCCAGGACAAACAGUAUGCAGAGGAAAAAGAGAUGCUUGAGCUGCAGUGCACAUCCCUGAGGAAGGACUCCCAGAUGUACAAGAAACGGAUCGAAGCUGUUCUGCAGCAGAUGGAGGAAGUGGCUGCAGAAAGAGACCAGGCUCUCCUGACCCGGGAGCAGUUCCACAUGCAGUACUCCAAGAACCUGGUGGAGAGGGACGCUCACCGCAAGCAGAUCCGGGAGCUGGGGGAGAGGUGUGACGAGAUGCAGCUGCAGCUCUUCCAGAAGGAGAGCCAGCUGCUGGCCACUGAGGCCAAGCUGAAAAGGUUGCAACUGGAGCUGCCCACCCCGACCUCUGACCUGGAUGAUACCUCCUCCCGAGAUUCCCAGGAACUCACCCUUCACAGCCACCUGGAUGAAGAUGCACAGCCCACUAAAAAAGAUUGCCCUGAAGGACCAAACCAGCAGCUCAGCCCUGGAGAGGACAAUCUGCCCCCAAAGUCACUCAGUGAGUGUGGCCUGGCCAACGAGGAACUGGCAGAAAAGGAGAGGAAGAGGAUGAAGGACUGCUUUGAGCGCUACCGAAGGUCUGGGCUGCAAAAAAGAGCCAUGAGGAGGGUGCCAAAGGACCGGCACCAUGAGGCCGACUGGGAGAACACCACGGGCAGCGACAACACCGACACCGAGGGCUCCUGAGGGAGAAACAACGGGGACACUGAGGGCUCUGGAAUGAGGGACAACAGGGACACCGAGGUCUCCUGAGAGACGAAAACAGGGACACCAUCAGCCCCUGAAGGAGGGACAACACUGGCAUUGAGGGCUCCUGAGUGCAGGAACCAACCCGUGAGGAAAACCCAGCCUGUGCUGGGGUGGCUGUGCCUCUGACUUUCACUCUGCAUGGACUAUUUAGAUUUUAAGACCAUCCAACCCAACAUUCAUGAAAAGUUAACGCGCGAAAGGCUAACGCGUGCCAAAGGUUGGACUCCGUGAUCUCAGAGGUCUUUUCCAACCUCGUUGAUUCUGUGUAACGGGACACUGUUGUUUGCCUCUGACACGCCCUCGUCCAUCUCUCUUAUAGGUUAAUAAACACGAUGAAAUAUCUGCGUGUGCAACAGUGCCCGGGGCUGAGCUGCCGGUUAAUUA